AUGAGCCCUCGGGGCGCCGGCGGCGGGGGGCUGUGGGCCGCCCCCUUGGCCGCGCUGCUGUCUCUGCCAGGUCUGGUGAGCUCCCUCGAAGUGUCAGUAAGUUCUGGGAGUAUCCAGGUUGCUCGAGGGCAGACAGUAAUCCUGCCCUGCACCUUUACCACUAGCGCUGCCCUCACAAACCUGAAUGUCAUCUGGAUGGUGAUCCCACUCUCCAACGCCAACCAGCCUGAGCAGGUUAUUCUCUACCAGGGCGGACAGAUCUUUGGUGGUGCACCCCAGUUCUUUGGGCGAGUGGGAUUUGCAGUGACAAUGCCAACCACUAGUGCCUCCAUCUUCAUCAACAACACCCAGCUUUCAGACACUGGCACCUACCAGUGCUUGGUCAACAACCUUCCAGACCGAGGCGGCAGGAACAUUGGAGUGAUUGGACUCACUGUCUUGGUUCCUCCUUCUGCCCCGCUCUGCAGAAUUCAGGGCUCCCUGGACGUCGGCAGUGAUAUCACCCUGACUUGCAGCUCAGAAGAAGGCAUCCCCCGGCCAACAUACCUCUGGGAGAAGUUGAACAACAUUCCCAAGCUGCCUCCGACAGCCACACAAGACCAAGUUCAGGGCACAGUCACCCUCCGAAAUAUCAGCACUGUCUCAUCAGGUCUUUACCAGUGCGUGGCUUCUAAUGCCAUUGGAACCAGCACCUGCCUUCUAGACCUGCAGGUCAUUGCCCCCCAUCCCCGGAGUAUGGGCCUAAUAGCUGGAGCUGUUGCCGCAGGAGCAGUGGUCCUCAUGAUCUGUAUUGUCUUGGUGGCUGUGGCACUGUUUUACUGGAAGAACAAACACAAGGAGGAAGAAGAGGAAGAGAUUCCCAAUGAAAUAAGGGAGGAUGACCUGCCACCCAAAUGUUCUUCAACCACAAAAGCGUUCCAUGCUGAUGCAUCCUCUUCAGAGAAUGACACCCUCACCUCAUCCAACACCUACAACAGCCGAUACUGGAAUGAUCCAAAAGCCAACCAUGCCACGGACUCCUUCACCCGAUUCAGCAACAACAACGAUGCGCGCCAGUCCUUCUCCCGUUCUGGAAGCACCAAUGUCCGCCCUGUCUAUGCCAAUGGAGGUCACCCCUCUCCAGCUCCAACCAAGACACUGGUGGUGACAGCCAACACGGCACCAUCCCCACAAGAAGUGGCCAGGAGCAAUGGCUCAGUCAGUAGGAAGCAGAGGCCUCAGCAUACGCACUCUUAUGCCGUGAGCCAGGCAACACUAGCGCGAAUAGGGGCUGUGCCAGUCAUGGUACCGGCCCAGAGCCGGGCAGGCUCCCUGGUGUAGGAUGUGAGGGUGGGUGUCAGGAAAGCAAGAAACUACUGUAUCAGGUGGGGCCAAGAUCUGGCCAAGAGACCCUCCUCCUCCCUGAAAUGCAAUGAAGGGGGAAGCUCACCUCUCCCUGGUAGCCUCCCCUCUGCCCACUAGACUGUGUAACUUGUCAGUGUGAUGGCCCCUUCCUCGCCACUCUGCCCUGGGGACUUCAGGAUGCUCCUCCAUGCUGGUGGAUCUCACAGAUGUGCCAAGGCCAUGGGGAGGGCCCCAUGGGGUGUCAGCACAGUCACCCGGAUUGCCAGGCCUGCAUUGCAAUGCACUUUGGUCUCUAAUCUCUGCCCGAUGUGGGGUUCAGGAGGGUUUAUUUUUUUGCUGUUUUGCUAUUUUAUUUUCAAGAGGAUGACAGGCUAGGCAGGGGUCUAUGAGGGGAGCAAGGGAAGGCAGGGGCUUCAGAUGGAGGACACAUCAGCCCUGGACGGCAUGCCCUCACCCCUGCCAUCAGCCUCAGGGGAGAUGGUGGAACCAGGGUGACGACUAAAGAGAACAUGGGCCAUAACAGAUCAA